UAGACUCGGGGAGAAUGACCUGGGAGAUUCAGGAGUGAAACAGUUGUCUGCGGCUCUGAGCAACCCGGAGUGUAAAAUACAGAAACUGUGGCUGAACAAUGUCGGUCUCACAGACUCUGGUGCCGAGUAUCUCGUCUCCGCUCUCAGUACAAAACCAUCACUGACGGAGCUGGACCUGAAUUAUGAUAAAAUGGGAUAUUCAGGAGUGAAACUGGUGUUUUUGGCUCUUGGGAACCCGGUGUGUAAAACACAGAAACUGUGGCCGAACAAUGUCGGUCUCACAGAUUCUGGGGCCGAGGAUUUCGUUUCCAGUCUCAGUACAAAUCGAUCACUGACGGAGCUGUACCUAAGUCUUGAUGAACUGGGAGAUUCAAGAGUGAAACUGGUCUCUGCGGCUCUGAGGAACCCGGAGUGUAAAAUAGAGAAACUGUGGAUGAGGAAUGUCGGUCUCACAGAUUCUGGGGCAGAGGAUCUCACCUCCGCUCUCAGUACAAACCCGUCACUGACAGAGCUGGACCUGAGUAAUAAUAAACUGAGAGAUUCAGGAGUGAAACUGGUGUCUGCGGCUCUGAGGAACCCGGAGUGUAAAAUACAGAAACUGUUGCUGUGGAGAGUCGGUCUCACAGAUUCUGGGGCCGAGGAUCUCAUCUCCGUUCUCAGUACAAAACCAUCACUGACGUGGCUGGACCUGAGAGAAAACUCUCUGACAGACCGAUCUGUCCCCGCUCUCCGCCGCCUCAUACUGACACUCCAGAGUCUGAAGCUGAUCUGGCUGGUGGGGAAUCGGUUCAGUGAGACCGGGGAAAAGGAACUGGAGCCUCUGCGGGGAGUCAGACCCGGACUGGAAGUGGCCGUGUGAACAUCUGAAUGGGGUCAAUCGGUUCAGUGAGACCGGGAGGAAGGAACUGAGAUCUCUGCAGGAACUGGAGCCUCUGCGGGGAGUCAGACUCGGACUGACAGUGAUCCUGUGAACAUCUGAAUGUGUGAACAUCCCCGCCCGCGGGAUGGAGCCGAUUCCCCCCUGCCCUUUAACUCGCCCUCCCCUUUAACUGCCCCCUGCCUCUCCACUUUAACUCUCCCCACCCCUCUCCUUUAACUCCCGCCCUUAACUUUAAUGGCCGCGAGCCGGGGCUGAUUCCCAACUGUCUUAACGGAACUGGCUCCGGUCUCGAGCUCGGUGAAAUCGGAAGCGCUCCCGCAGUGACGUGCUUCCGCCGGAUGUGCGGGUCCGAGACUCUCCCGCGUGCCACCCCGGGGAAUUACCCGGACGGGAGGAGCCCGGGGGGCCGGGGCUCAGUCUGGGACACUGGUGUCCCGGGAGAGAAUCCUUUUGCCCCCUCUGCUGAGGACGGGGCAUUCGGCUGUCUGGCUGAUAUAAUGAUGUUAAAUUGACAAAUACCUCAGCAAUGGCUUUGGAUCCGCAGCGACCCCGGACACGGCCCUGAAGUGUGAUUUUAUAAUCAUCGGUUCCCCGAUGCAGAGUGACGGUGAUAGACGGGACUGAUUAAUCUACCGUUCACCCGGUGUCGCCGGUCAGUUAAUUCCGAGUGUCUGUGAGCGAGUCGGGAACAGUGUGGCGACCCACUUUCUGCGCAGGUGCACCUGCUCACAAAUAGCCAGCGCUCCUGAGCUCUUCUGACGGCAUUUCCGCCCGGAGAGUGCGGGCACUCGGGAUGAAAUUCCAGCGCUGCGAAGUUUGAAUAAACUAGUCUGGAACAGAUUUAUCGACAGCGUGUCGUUGUCUCUAACUCUGUACGUAGUACAUAGCUACAACAGCUUAUUUAUUCCCGCAAGUCAGCAGCUCGCAUACUGUUUAAUUUGCAUUUAUCAUGAUGAAAUCAAUAAACCGCUGUAACUUCCUGA